AUGUGUAAUUGUUAUGCAUUAUGUGAUCAUGCGAGUCGAAUAGCCGAGUGGUUAAGGCGGGGGAGUCGCAAGUUCGUUUUAUACUUUGUAGACAUUAAUGAAUGCGCAAGCAAUCCGUGUCAGAAUGGUGGCGCGUGUGUCAAUGGUGCCAACAUGUUCACCUGUAGUUGUGUUACUGGUUUUUCUGGGACCCUCUGUGAAUCAGAUGUAAAUGACUGUAACCCGAAUCCAUGCCAGAACAGUGGUGUCUGUUUUGAUGAGACUAAUAGUUAUCGAUGCCAAUGUCUCGUUGGGUUUACAGGCAAUCAUUGCGAACUGACUCUUGGAUGUAAUCAAGAAUACCAAAUACCAAGUUGCGAUAAGGUCACCAUUACAUCCCCGAAUUAUCCCGCCCCCUACGCCAACAACGCAAACUGUCUUUGGACUUUCACUGCAACGUCAAACACUCAGAUCCGUGUCGUUUUUUCAACAUUUGAUGUUGAGGACGAACAUGAUUUUGUGAAAGUUGGAAACACAGUCACACCAUUAUCAACAAACGAGAUUGUUACGUUAAGCGGGGACACGGUUCCACCGUCGUUUGUAAGCAGUGGCAACCAGCUGUGGAUGACGUUUGUGACGGAUUCCAAUAAAGUGGAGAAUGGUUUCUAUGUUGAGAUACAGGAUACAUGCUAUGUGGAGAAUCCCUGCAGUAACAUGCCAUGCUUGAAUGGUGGUAUGUGCCUCACCCUGACCCCAACGACCUUUUCAUGUACCUGUGUCACUGGCUAUUCUGGAGGUUUCUGCCAAAUUGCACCAUUACCAUGCGCUUCUGCUCCAUGUCAGAACGGUGGGCAGUGCACAGACAGUGGUGACUCACUGCUCUGUUCUUGUCCACUCGGAUUCAGUGGUUCUUUCUGUGAAUCCACAUCUUCUCCAUGUGAUGAUAAUCCAUGUCAAAAUGGUGGAUUUUGCCAAGUAUCUGGAAAUUCCUACAUAUGCUCUUGUUCUGGAGAUUUUACUGGAGAUAACUGCGAGAUACCAGCUGAUUUGUGUAAUCCUAACCCUUGCCAGAAUGGGGGUGACUGUAAUGAUAAUGGAGAUGACACGUACACCUGCACAUGCCCAGCUGCCUACAUUGGUACAAACUGCGAGACCUUUGAUAUUGACGAGUGUCAAAGCCAGCCAUGUCAAAAUAACGGUGCAUGUACCGACAGCAUUAACCAGUACACGUGCUCUUGCGUGGGUGGCUGGACUGGGGUUGUAUGUAAUGUUGAUGUAAAUGAAUGCAUAAGCAAUCCAUGUGCAAAUGGUGGCGUAUGUAACAAUCUUCGGAACCUCUAUUCAUGCAGCUGCGCGGCAGGAUUCACAGGCACUCGGUGCUUAGUGGAUCUGAAUGAAUGUGCAAGUUCUCCAUGUCAGCAUGGUGCCACCUGCUUCGAUGGAACUAAUCGCUACACCUGCUAUUGUCCACCUGGUUGGCAAGGUAUCAACUGUGAUAUUGAUACUGAUGAAUGUAGAAGUGUCCCCUGUUUUAACUUUGGGACUUGUAUCGACCAGAUUAAUAGUUACGAUUGCAUAUGCCCUGCUGGAUGGCUCGGAACGAACUGUGAAACAGAAAUACCACAGUGCUCAGCGCAACCUUGUUUAAAUGGUGGAACAUGUACUAAUUUCAUCAACUACUACAUCUGUGACUGUUUACCAUUUUGGACAGGUGCCAACUGUGACAUAGUUAAAUCAGGCACUUCAAUUUUAUCUGUGUCUUUGACGUUUAACCUAAACUUUGAGGUAAAUUUUAACGAUCCGUCAUCGAAAGAAUUCAAUGAGCUGUCUUCUAAUAUCUCAGACUUUUUGAGCGAGAGUUUGUCAUUAAAUGAAGAUGUCAGGAUACACAUACUCAGCUUUUCCCCUGGUAGUAUAGUUGUUGAUGCCAAUUUCUAUGUGUUAAAUACAAAUACGUCAUACAAUAAAUUGUUGGAAACUCUAACUCAUGAACUCAUCAGAAUCGCAAAUAUUUCUAAUGGAUAUCUAAUCUCCGAUAGCAUCAUUGUCAGCAGCACAGAAAUGUGUUACAAAGAAGUUUAUGAUGAACUCACAUUUCCUGAUGCCAACAUUGGAGACACUGUAUAUUCUGAGGAAUUGUGUGGCGAAAGUAAAGUGAAUUAUCGCAUGCCUCGUGCUAAACGAACAUGUAAAGGAGAUGGAUUAAGUGCAGCUAUAUGGGAAGAUCCUGAAAUGACAGACUGUGGGCCUGAUGCUACAGCCGAACAAAUGUUAGAACGUCUAAAUAUGGUGAUUUUCAAAUUUUAUAGAUUGCAAAUGAAUUAAUGAUAGUAAUUCGAAUAAUUUCAUAUACCGUACGUAUUGUUGCUUUGUACGAAAUUACGAAUAAAUAAUAGUAAUAAUCAUAACUUAACACCGUUGUUGAAUACAUAAACUCCGCUAAUGUGUAGCUGUCAAUCAAUCAAUCAAUCAAAACAGACUUCAAGUUUC